AUGUCCUCCACCAUCCCCAAAUCACCCCACCGCAAAGCCCUGGUCGGCUCGACAUCCAACUUCUGGUUGCACUCCUCAGCCACUGGGUUUGACCUCACGCACCCAGACAGCCCCUCCGCCCCAUCUGCCACCUCACGACUCACUCUGCAAACCACAACGAGCCCGAUUUCCAUCUCGCCCGCGAAAUCCGCACUCGUCAUCAUCGAUAUGCAGAACUUCUUCCUCUCGCCCGCCCUAGGCCGCGACGCCAACGGUCCUGGCCACAAAGCGUGCAACCGAUUACUCACACACGCGAUCCCCGCCGCGCGGAAAGCAGGUAUACGGAUUCUAUGGGUGAAUUGGGGCUUAACGGACGAUGAAGUGCGCGACAUGCCAGCGGGGGUGAUGAGGGCGUUUGGAUUCUACAGCAUCCCGCAUGAUGCUGAGCAUAGCGCUGAUGUGGUGGCGGGGGGUGAGGUGGAGAAUAGUGUUGGCGUGGAUAAGCACGGGAAGGUGCGUGAGGGGAGGAGUGCGUACAAAGGGAUUGGCGCGCAUAUGGGUUCUGUCAAACUUGAGAGUGGGGAGGAGGUCGAGGGUGGGAGGUUGCUGAUGCGGGACUCGUGGAACGCGGAUCUGUACGGUCCUCUGAGGAGAGCGUAUGAGGAGGGAGCACAGUUGGAAUGUAGGCCUGAUGUGUGGAUUCAUAAGAAUCGCAUGUCUGGUCUCUGGGGUACUACAACACCGUUGCAGGCGUUUCUCGAGACGGAAGGUAUCACGACACUGCUUUUUGCGGGCGUCAACACGGAUCAGUGCGUCGGGGGCACGCUGACAGAUGCAUUUAGCAAAGGGUAUGAUUGUGUGUUGUUGAGUGAUGGAUGCGGCACAAGUAGCCCGGGAUACGCGCAGGAGUGCUGGGAGUAUAAUGCUGCGAAUACGUUUGGGUUCUGCGCCGGGUGCGAGGACCUGGCGAGAGGCGUCCAAGGUAUGGAAGGGUGA